GUGGAACUUGGAAAAACUGCAACUUGUAUGAUGCCAUAGAAGGGGAAAGAGCAGGGGUGCCGCCACCGGAACCAAUGCCCAAUGAUGACAUGCCCAUACCUUUCCAAUUUGUGGCUGACGAUGCAUUUGCGAUGAAGCCCUGGCUAAUGAAGCCCUUCUCACAUAGGUCCCAAGUUCAUGAGGAGAUCAUCUUCAGUUAUAGACUAAGCCGAGCUAGGCGAGUAGUGGAAAACUCGUUUGGUAUUUUGGCUCACAGGUUCAGAUGUUUCCUGACUACACUUCCGCAGAAGCCCCAAAAUACCAACUUAAUCAUCAUGAGUGCCUGCGUCCUACAUAAUCUGAUAUUAACCAGGUACUCACUGGCAUCAGGAGAUGUAGACCAUGAAGAUCCAUCUACGCAUGCGAUGAUGCCUGGUGCAUGGAGAGACGACCCUGUGUUUCACGGUCUGAGAGCUCCGACAGGAAACACUUCUAUCAAGGAAGCUAAGAGCCAACGUGCAUAUCUAUCACAUUAUUACACCUCCCGCGCUGGAGCAGUUUCCUGGCAAGAAAAGAUGAUAACCUAAGCAGAUUAACUAUGACAUUAUUGUGAUGCAGUAUAGCACUAGCUCAAUUCCACAAAAAAUGCCAAAUGACACUGACACAAAUGACAUUUUAUUUCUUGAAUGGUUAUGUAUUUCAACAAGGCCCGACAUCGUUCCAAUAUCAACCGUCUGUUGUACAUCUGAUUUUAAACUUAGGAUAUGAGAUCAGUGUUUAUAAUGUGUUUGUCUUUAUGUACACAAAAAUUCUACAGUGUAUCAGCAAUUAAUGUUGUCAGGAAAUUAAGGGGUUUUGGUAAGCUUUGUUGUUGAACUUAAACGUGAUGCAGUUGGUGUCGGGGCAUAGAAAUUUCGUAUUUCUAGUAAGCUUGCACAAACCCCACUCCUCACACGCACGCAUACACACACACACACACAUACACAUGAACGCACAUUUA